AUGUCCAAGUCUUCUGUGUUUCUCCCUCCUUCUCAGACGAGAAUAGUAACGAUUGUGGCUCAUGUAGAUCACGGCAAGACGACAUUGGCUGACAAUCUGGUGGAACACAAUGGUAUCAUCAGCGAGCGGCUCGCUGGGACUAUCCGCUAUUUGGACUCGUUGGAAGAAGAACGACGUCGUGGGAUUACCAUGCGAGCAUCGGCCAUUGGUCUGAAGCACAGCUAUGUGGCCCCAGGAGCCAAGAAGCAGCAACAAGCGCCUCAAGAUAUGAUUAUUCAUCUGUUGGAUUCUCCUGGACACACGGAUUUCUCUUCUGAAGUCACCUCGUCUUUGCAGUGCUGUGAUGGGGCCCUUCUGGUAGUCGAUGCCGUAGAAGGAAUGUGCGCUCGCACUCAUCAAGUCUUGCGCGAAGCCCACGUCAAUCAGCUCGUUCCUAUCUUGGUCAUCAACAAAGUGGAUCGAUUGUGUACUGACUUGUGCUUGACAGCCACUGAAGCCUACUUGAGACUGCGAACUCUCAUUGAAACAGUGAAUGCUGCCUCUUCGGCCAUGCUAACAUCAUCCAGGCAUCAUCAAGACGACGAACAACCAACAGGGGAGGCAGAUGAAACAGAAAAGGGGAAGAAACAAGAAAAACAGCAACAAGCAACUCAAGAACAAAAACAGCAAGAAGAGGAGGACAAAGAGGAACUUCUUUGGACAUUUGAUCCCAUGAAGGGAAAUGUUGUGUUUGCCAGUGCUCUGUUUGGUUGGGGGUUUACAGUUCCCUCCUUGGCACGAACCCUGUUUCGCAAUAAAAUUCUUCCACUGAAACCCAUGGUUCUCAGGCAGUGUCUGUUUGGCGACUUCAAAUACCGAAAUGAAAAGGUCCUCGUUUGGAAGGCUGACGCCAGCACGGAUGAAGUCCCACUCUUUGCCGAAUAUGCCUUGCAACCAAUAUGGAACAUGUACGAAGGUGUGGCGGCUGCCACGUCCGCCCUUGGUUUGCAGAGUGAAUUGUUUGCUGAUGGACGGGCAUCGUUACUGUCGUCCAGUACAGGACCAACCAGCACAAAUGGAUCCGGCAACAACAAUGCCAGCGACAACCACAAAAAGAUCACAAGCAGCACACCUGGAAUGGACAUGGUGAUCCAGGCCAUGCAGUCUGGUGGAACAGGGGCCAAUAUCCCAAAGUCUGCUGAUGACAUUCAAACAAUUCUGAGUCAAACGGGCUCCAAUACCGAAGAAGCAGUCUUGCGAUCUCUUUUGAGGAGGUAUCGGCCUCUCAGUGACGUGCUCUUGGACACUGUAGCAGAAAUUUGUCCGUCGCCGAUAGAAGCAGCAUCCUCGGCACGACCCCGGGCUUUAGCGUUUGUGGCACCGCCAGAACCGUCCGAAUACUUUCUCCGAAUGCGCCAGGCUGCCCUGGUCUGCGAUCCCUCAUCUGAAGGACCCGAUGUGGCUCAUGUCUGUAAGUUCAUGGGUGCUAGUCGCCGCCAUGUGCGUGACCCGGAACUAAACAAUACCAACAAUGGGGAAGAAGAACAAGACGACAAUGUCAUCAUGGGGUUGGCACGAGUCCUCUGUGGUACUCUACGCACUGGAUCUGAAUACUUUGUCAUGGGCCCAAAACACAAAGCUGGAAAUGUCCCUCCCAAACGAAAGAUUCGCCUCUAUCUGUUGAUGGGAUCAGAUCUUGUGAGGGUCAAUGAAGUACCUGCAGGUCAUCUCUGCGCUAUUCAUAACUUGGAAGAUUUACAACUGAAAACAGUCACUUUGUGUGAUGAAGCAGAUGGAAUGCCGCUUCAGGGGUUUGACAGAGGCAUUAGGCCGUUGGUGAAAGUCAACGUGGAGGCAGUCGAUGCGGCUGACACAGAAAUCCUGGAACGAGGACUGCUGCAGUUGAGUUUGGCUGAUGCAGCAGUGGAAGUAACUGCAACAUCCAAGGGAGAACGAAUAUUGGCUUGCCUAGGGGAAAUUCACUUGGAACAAUCAAUUUUGGAUCUGCAGCAAGUGUACUGCCGCAAAAAAGAUAUCCAGCUACGAGUUUCAGAUCCCAUUGUAGAGUUUGCAGAAACAACAGACUGGAUGGCUGACAAACAAGAAGAUAACGACUUUCAGGCGUUCUUUGACGAUCAAUCGCCACGAAUGAGACAAACGACAAUCCCUCCUUACAACGAAGAAGAAGGACUGGCAAACGCACGACAUGGUCGAGCAAGGGCUGUUGUUUCAGGUCGAUGCGCUGCGAUUAGCGUGAGGGUCGUCCCAUUGGCAUCCUCCGUAUAUAAAGCCCUGAAACAGCAAAGCCUCGUUGGGUGCGACGAUUGCGAAGAAGAACUCUUGCGCCUCGCCCGGGCACUGCAGGUUUUUGAUAAGAACGAAAACGAUGCUGAUACCAAACUGACAACAGACUCGGUGUUUUCGAUUCUGUGCGAUUCUCUUUGUUCCAUUGACGGUAACGGCAACGCUAUGAUUGAGAGCCGUAACCUUUCAAAUGGAAAGACAGUCAAAGGCGUCGUGUCUGAGGCAAACGAGGUGUACAUAGCAAAGACUUCAGAUGCAGAUUCAGAUAGAAAGGAAAGGGGUGAGAAUGAUGAAGAAAACGAGGAGGAAGAGGCCGUCGAGGAAAAGCACAACGAAGACGGAUUGGUUCUCAAUCAAUGCUCUGAUGAACAUGACAUUGUGCGCGGACGAAUCCGACAAUGUGGCUUUUAUUAUUCUCCAGAUGCUGCUGGUACAACAGAAAAGUCAAGCGCUGACGCCGCGGCCCUGCAGAUUUGGAAGGCGAACUUGAGUUCUGCGGUCGCCGGUUUUCAGCUUGCCGUGAGAGCAGGACCAGUGUGCGAGGAACCAAUUCGCGACAUCCUGGUGGUGCUGGAAGGCUUUGAGGUGGCCGUGGUCCCAAAGAAAGAUGCCGAUGGAAAGAACACUGCAGACUUCGAAAGCGCGACCUCCCUCAGCAGUGGGAUGAUCAUGUCAGCUAUUCUGUCCGGUGUGCGUUGUUCCAUGCUAACACGGCCUCCGCGUUUGAUCGAAGGACAUCUUUCGCUGACCAUGCAUGCAACUCUAACUGGACUCGGUCCACUCUACGCCAUUUUAUCACGUCGACGGGGGAAGGUCGUCAAAGAUGACAUGGUUGAAGGCACCGACUUGAUUGAGAUCACGGCAACUUUACCUCAGGCUGAAGCUUUUGGCCUUGCUCCAGAACUGUUCAAGAAAACGAGCGGUCAAGUGACAGCCCCUGAACUGAACUUCUCGCAUUUCAGCAGACUAGACGAAGAUCCUUUUUGGAUUCCAGCAACACAAGAGGAGAGAGAAGACUUUGGAGAAAUCCAACAGAAUGGAGAUGUCUCGACAGGACUCGACAACACGGCGCUGAACCUCAUUCGAAAGGUGAGGACCCGCAAAGGCUUACUCGUGGACUCAAACCGAACGGUUGUGGCGGCUGAAAAGCAACGUACGCGAAAGCGAUAG